AUGGGCCCGCUGGUGCUGGAGCUGUACUGGAAACAUGCCCCCCGCACCUGCAAGAAUUUCGCCGAGCUCUGCCGCCGCGGCUACUACAACGGCACCAAGUUCCACCGUGUCAUCAAGGACUUCAUGGUGCAGGGGGGGGACCCCACCGGCACCGGCCGCGGCGGUGCCUCCAUCUAUGGCAAACAGUUUGAGGAUGAGCUGCACCCCGAGCUGAAGUUCACUGGCGCCGGCAUCCUGGCCAUGGCCAACGCGGGGCCGGACACCAAUGGCAGCCAGUUUUUCCUGACACUGGGCCCGGCGCAGUGGCUGGAUGGGAAGCACAGCAUCUUCGGGAGGGUCUGCCAGGGGAUGGGGGUGCUGGGCCGCCUGGCCAUGGUGGAGACCAACGCCCAGGACAGGCCCCUCGACGAUGUCAAGGUCAUCAAGGCUUUUCCUUCGGGCUAGCAGGGGGGGUUGCUGGGGA